UCUUGGUCAAGCCAAAAAGAUUGCCGGCAGAAUGCUCCUACCCCACCAUGCCUGGCCCUUUACCUUACCUUAAGAAUACAGGGGGUAUGCAGCGUGGGAAAGAAUUAAAGAAGUGUCUGAUACAACAGGUAACCUUAAGGAGUGGCGGCAAAGCUCUUGAUUGAUCAACGCGAGUGAACUGUGCUUAGACGCUUCGUAAAACCGCACCGAUCUACGAGAGGAGCUGAUGGAUGAGUAGGCUUCCCCUUUCGAUUUACGGAAUGUGAUCUGGGACACGAUGGGGGUUUGCGUGCCUCGGUAGGAAAGAGAUCACCGGAGUAUAGCACAAGAUCGCCUUUUUUUUCUUGCUGCCAUGGGGUCGACCUGUAAACAAGGUAAACCCAAUGGGAACCAAAAACGGGAGGGUACCACAUUGACAUUGGGCAGAAGACGAUCCAAAAAGCGAAGGCUCACCCUGCUGAAGGCGAUCGGCAGUGAGGGAUGCUUACCUUCUUCUUAGAGAAAGGGGAAAGGGGCAACCUAUCUUACUAAUAAUCAGAAAGGGGUUGAGAUAGGCGACAGGUAGCUUGCUUCCAAGCCGGCCCGGCCGCGAGGAAUCAAGAGAUCUUUGCCGGUGCUGACUUGGAUCUCGGGUGACGGAAAAAGGCGCCCAGAAGUGACGAGCAGUCGCGGUCGAAGCUUGGCUCUAGGCGAUAGGCUAGCAGUAAGCUUGGCUACAGCGAAGCGCUUACCAAGCGCGAAGGAUUCGUUCCUCUCUCCCAGCAAGAGGAUGCGCGAACCUCCAAGUCAAGCGCGCUAGCGCGCUUUACCAAGGCUUUCUCUGAUAGGGGCUCGCCGUUGCUUGUUUGGGUCGAGCGUCUUCAAACCUUCGCCACUUGAGCCGUAUGCGGGGGAACUCGCACGUGCGGUUCUUAGGGGGGAGAGCUAGUAGGAACCAUCCUAUCCCAAUAGCGUUUAUUUGGAGCUCAAUAUGAAAUCCUAUUUUUUUGCAAGACCCGUUCGGAUAAGGGAAAACUCCAGAGAUUGCUUCGAAGUAAGAUCCUUGCGUUGACCCUUUCCUGAACCAGAACCGGGGGGGAGAGGAAAGAAAAGGGGAUCAAAAUUUCCCAUCAAUAAAGUUAGGGCUUUCCGGACCUUCCCCACCCCUCUUUUCAUUCUCCCUUCCCCUCUCACUCCCCCUUUUUAAAGAAGGAAGCCCCGCUCCCUAAGAAGGGGCCCCUCUCUGAUCAGGAAGGAAACGAAAGAAUCUCCAUUUUAUGACAAAUCCGGUCCGAUGGCUGUUCUCCACUAACCACAAGGAUAUAGGGACUCUAUAUUUCAUCUUCGGUGCCAUUGCUGGAGUGAUGGGCACAUGCUUCUCAGUAUUGAUUCGUAUGGAAUUAGCACGACCCGGCGAUCAAAUUCUUGGUGGGAAUCAUCAACUUUAUAAUGUUUUAAUAACGGCUCACGCUUUUUUAAUGAUCUUUUUUAUGGUUAUGCCGGCGAUGAUAGGUGGAUCUGGUAAUUGGUCUGUUCCGAUUCUUAUAGGUGCACCUGACAUGGCAUUUCCACGAUUAAAUAAUAUUUCAUUCUGGUUGUUGCCGCCAAGUCUCUUGCUCCUAUUAAGCUCAGCCUUAGUAGAGGUGGGUAGCGGCACUGGGUGGACGGUCUAUCCGCCCUUAAGUGGUAUUACCAGCCAUUCUGGAGGAGCAGUUGAUUCAGCAAUUUCUAGUCUUCAUCUAUCUGGUGUUUCAUCCAUUUUAGGUUCUAUCAAUUUUAUAACAACUAUCUCCAACAUGCGUGGACCUGGAAUGACUAUGCAUAGAUCACCCCUAUUUGUGUGGUCCGUUCCAGUAACAGCAUUCCCACUUUUAUUAUCACUUCCGGUACUGGCAGGGGCAAUUACAAUGUUAUUAACCGAUCGAAACUUUAAUACAACCUUUUCUGAUCCCGCAGGAGGGGGAGACCCCAUAUUAUACCAGCAUCUCUUUCGGUUCUUCGGUCAUCCAGAGGUGUAUAUUCCAAUUCUGCCUGGAUCCGGUAUCAUAAGUCAUAUCGUUUCGACUUUUUCGGGAAAACCGGUCUUCGGGUAUCUAGGCAUGGUUUAUGCCAUGAUCAGUAUAGGUGUUCUUGGAUUUCUUGUUUGGGCUCAUCAUAUGUUUACUGUGGGCUUAGACGUUGAUACCCGUGCCUACUUCACCGCUGCUACCAUGAUCAUAGCUGUCCCCACUGGAAUUAAAAUCUUUAGUUGGAUCGCUACCAUGUGGGGGGGUUCGAUACAAUACAAAACACCCAUGUUAUUUGCUGUAGGGUUCAUCUUUUUGUUCACCAUAGGAGGACUCACUGGAAUAGUCCCGGCAAAUUCAGGGCUAGACAUUGCUCUACAUGAUACUUAUUAUGUGGUUGCACAUUUCCAUUAUGUACUUUCUAUGGGAGCCGUUUUUGCUUUAUUUGCAGGAUUUCACUAUUGGGUGGGUAAAAUCUUUGGUCGGACAUACCCUGAAACUUUAGGUCAAAUCCAUUUUUGGAUCACUUUUUUCGGGGUUAAUCUGACCCUCUUUCCCAUGCAUUUCUUAGGGCUUUCGGGUAUGCCACGUCGCAUUCCAGAUUAUCCAGAUGCUUACGCUGGAUGGAAUGCCCUUAGCAGUUUUGGCUCUUAUAUAUCCGUAGUUGGGAUUCGUCGUUUCUUCGUGGUCGUAACAAUCACUUCAAGCAGUGGAAAUAACAUAACAAGGGCGAACAUUCCUUGGGCUGUUGAACAAAAUUCAACCACACUGGAAUGGCUGGUACAAAGUCCUCCAGCUUUUCAUACUUUUGGAGAACUUCCAGCUAUCAAGGAGACGAAAAGCUAUGUGAAGUAAAAGAA